AUGUCGUCUGAUGAGAUUAUCCCCGGCGAUAUUGUCGCUGUUCAGAAUGGAGUUUCUGGGAGGAGAGAGGGUUUGGUCAUUGGCAGCCACGUCGACUACGCUGGCCGUCAAAUCCUUCAGGUGCAGAUGGAGCCGGGAGAGAUCUACAAUGCUUGGUACCCCACCGUCACGCGCGUGAAGCGCACCAUCUCGUAUACCCGCCCGCAGCACAAGCAGCGCACAGUCGAGCGUUUCAUCUACUGGUGA